UUUAAAGUGAACUAGCCGCAAACUAAACAUGGCGACGACAGUUUUAAGACUUCGGAGAUCGUUCCGACUUUGCGGUGUACAGGCUGUGAGAUCAACAUGUCAGCCUGCAGAAUGUAAGAGAAGUAUUUAUACCACUGCACCGAAGCAGAAAAACCUCUACUGGAAUGACAAGUAUAAUGAAGGAGAAGAGGUUUUUGAGAAAAUACUCAUCGCUAACCGCGGAGAAAUAGCCUGUCGUGUGAUUCAUACAUGUAAGAGGCUAGGAAUCAAAACGGUAGCAGUUCAUAGUGAGGCUGAUUCAUUGUCACUUCACACACGAUUGGCUGAUGAGGCCAUUUGUGUGGGCCCGCCUCCCACCAGUCAGAGUUAUCUCAACAUGGAUGCCAUUCUUCGUGCCGUCAAGGAUACAGGGGCUCAAGCUGUGCAUCCUGGAUAUGGAUUCCUCUCAGAAAAUACAGUGUUUGCAGCAAAAUUGGCAGAGAUAGGAGUAGAAUUCAUUGGUCCCAGCAGUCCCUCUAUUAAAGCCAUGGGAGACAAGAUUGAAAGUAAAAGAAUUGCCAGCAAAGCCAAGGUCAACAUGAUCCCCGGCCAUGAUGGAGUGGUGGAAGAUGGAGAUCAUUGUGUCAAGCUGGCCAAUGAAAUUGGGUACCCUGUAAUGAUUAAAGCCUCAGCUGGUGGUGGUGGAAAGGGAAUGAGGAUAGCUUGGAAUGACAAAGAAGCAAGAAAUGCCUAUCGCUUGUCCAAACAAGAGGCAGCCUCUAGCUUUGGAGAUGACAGGAUGUUGAUUGAAAAGUACAUUGACAAUCCAAGACAUAUUGAAAUGCAGGUUCUGUGUGAUAAGCAUGGAAAUGCACUUUGGUUAAAUGAAAGAGAAUGCUCAAUUCAGAGAAGAAACCAGAAGGUGAUUGAAGAGGCUCCAAGCACCUUUGUAGACCCUGACAUGAGAAGGAGAAUGGGGGAGCAGGCCACAGCCCUUGCCAAGCAAGUCAAGUAUUCCUCAGCUGGUACUGUGGAGUUUCUUGUGGAUUCACAGAAGAAUUUUUAUUUCCUGGAAAUGAACACACGUCUUCAAGUGGAACAUCCUAUAACAGAGUGUAUCACGGGGAUUGAUAUCGUUCACCAAAUGAUUCGCUCCGCCAAAGGUCAUAAGCUGCUCUAUUCCCAGUCUGAUAUUCCUAUAGAUGGCUGGGCGUUCGAGUGUAGAGUGUAUGCAGAGGAUCCCUACAAAAGUUUUGGUAUGCCCUCCAUUGGUAGACUGGAUAAAUACAUUGAACCUUCUCAUAUUGAUCAGGUUCGAUGUGAUAGUGGUAUUAAGGAGGGCAGCGAAAUCAGUGUUUACUAUGACCCAAUGAUUUGCAAGCUUGUGACGUAUGGAAGCAACAGACAGGAAGCCCUGGAUGUAAUGGUCAAGGCCUUGGACUCAUAUGUCAUCAAGGGUGUGACUCACAAUAUUCCUCUGUUGAGAGACAUAGUAACAGAGAAGAGGUUUGUGGCUGGUGAUAUCAGCACUAGCUACCUGCCUACUGUGUAUCCAGAUGGCUUUAAAGGUAGAACUUUGUCUCCAACUGAGAGCAUUGAACUGGUUGCUAUGGCAGCAGUAAUGUACAUCAAAGAUAAACUUGUUUCAAGGAGUUUUAAAAAUCAGAACAGAAUCCCUCUUGCCAAAACUACCCCCAGUAGCUGGUCUCUGAAUGUUUUAUUGAAUGAGGAGAGUUAUCCAUUACAAGUUAGUCUGGCAGGAAAUGAAGUCACUGUUGUGUCCCAAGAUAAAACAAUGACUAUUCCAUUUGAUAUUGAUGUCUCAUCACCCCUCAUUAAUAUGGCUAUCAACGGAGAAAGGAAACUUUUCCAGUUGUCAAAGAGAAUUGGAGCAGGACUCUACAGACUUAGAUUUUUUGGAACAGUGUACCAGCUGAAGGUCCUGGAGGAGUUUGCUAGUCAGAUGUCUAAACUGAUGCCUGUCAAACAGGAAGUAGACAUGUCCUCAUUAAUCCUCGCCCCCAUGCCAGGGGUCCUAAAAUCUGUAGCUGUUAAGCCAGGGGAUAUGGUGGCUGAGGGUCAGGAGGUUUGUAUUCUGGAAGCCAUGAAGAUGCAGAACAGUCUGACAUCAGCUCGGGUAGCUAAAGUCAAGAAAGUCAAUUAUCAACAAGGACAAACAGUGGAUGAAGGUGAUGUUAUUGUGGAGUUUGAAUGAGAAGUGGUGAUUACACAGACUGCAUAUACAAAACAACAAACUGAUAUUCCAAGGAAAUCUUGUGCUGCCAUUUAUUAGUGCUUGAAGAACAGUGUUCCACCAACUGUCUUCACUUCCUUAACCUAUUGCUUUAUUUAUACUCACACUGCAAUUGUUGGGGUUGAAUAUGAAAUUUUAUGAACAUGUAGUAUUAACAGGUGCCUUUUCUAUUAACAUUUGCAUAUUUUAUAGCAAGAAAAUUUAAAGGACAUUUCUUAAUACUUGUGUAAUUUCAUAGUAUUAUUUGAAAGAUUAUGCAAAUGUCAGUUGUGAGAUUUUUAAAACUUUUUGAGGGCAUUAUAUUGCAUUUCGCCAUUCAGAACAGUAUUAGAUAAAAUUACAAGGACAUCAUACUGGAACAGCGAACAAUCACUAUGCACAUUUCAUAGAUUGAGGGAAAGUACAUUGUACUUUUGAACAUGACAAGAAUACCUCUGGAAUAAUCUCCACUCCGUCUUCUGUGUUGUGAUAAUCUUCAAUUCAGAAUCAAUCUUUUUCCAUUGAUCUAUUUAGAAGAUUUAAUAUAUUUGAUAUAUCUUUGACAUCAUUUUUCUUGCUUUUGAAUUAAACUGUGAUGUUUUUGGAUUAAAAAAAAUAUAUCAAUAUCAUAUUUUAUGAUGUUUCAUGAAAACAUUUAGCUUAAUGUGCAUGUGAGUACAUUUACAAGUAGUUAUAUUACAUUUAUGAACAAACAUUUUAUAAGCAAAAAUAAAGAGAAAAAUUUGACUUAUGAUAGCUCUGUAUUCAGAAAUUAAUUUAUAAAAAUCAAAUUUGUGCUUUUGAGAUGCUUGGUUUAUGAAUUUUCUGUUAUGUACAUGCAUCAAAAGUUGUGUAUAUAUUUUUUUUUAUUAUUUUCAAGAGAAAUUUCUUUUUCAAAGAAAUAAAUAGGAACAGAAAGUUAAAUAACAAGUGCUAUAUUUAUACAUAUAUGUAGAAACUACCAAAAUACAGUAUUGAUGAAAACAAUUAUGCAUAAUAUAAGUUGAAUAAGAGUUCCAGAAUUGGCAUGAAAAGGAAUAGAAUUAUUUAAUAGUCAUGAAUCAUGAAAUUAAUCUGACAAUGCAUAUAUGAAAUGCACUGUAAUGAUAAUCUACAUGUAAUGUAGGAGGAAAGCCAGAGUACAUUGCCUAAAAGGCUAGGAUGUUGACUUCAAGGCACACCAAAUACAUGUAUUUCAUGAAAGGGUAUUGUGAGUUAACUUCAUUAUUUGAGUACAAUAUGCAAUAUACACAUGUAUAUACAAAACGUUAAAUGCUCUGGCAUCUUGAGAUGUUAUAUAGUCAGGAAAUUCAAUAUUUUGCUGGUUGUAUGAUCAUUUCAUGAGAUGAAAGAUGUAUAGACACAUGUACUCUUGUGAUAAGAGUAAAUUCUGAUUUCUAGCUGAAUAUGUAUCGAUAUGGCUUUUAGAUUUCCCAGUAUAUAUUGUGUUAUUUUACAGUUUUAUUGAAUAAAUAAAAAAAAAUCAA